GCAAAAGGACCAUGAGUCCCCGCCAGAGCUCGUGAGCUCGCUAUAAAUAAGAUCCCUGGUCGACCCACUGCGCUGAUAAUACAGAGAUAGAGAUGCCAUGGCGAAGCCUCGUAAGCCGAAGAACGAGGACGCGAAGCCUGAGAAUUCAGGAGCCGUUGUACGUCAUCAGAAGCUCUGUCUCUCCAUUGACUUAAACGCCCGCCAAAUCUAUGGUUACACCGAGUUAGAGAUUGCUGUACCAGAUAUCGGGUUUGUUGGGCUUCAUGCCGAGAACUUGGGAAUUGAGAGUGUUUUGGUUGAUGGAGAACCUACAGAGUUCGAAUACUAUCCACACCAUCAAAAUCCUGAGAACGAGAACAGAUGGAGCUCUGUCUCAUCCCCUAGUGAUGCUGCUGAUGCUGCAGGCGUGGCUUAUAUAUCAUCUCUGGAGAGAGAGUUGGUGCCCAACUUACUUAUCAAUUGCUGCAAGCCUUUCAAGGGCUUGACUGAACAGCUGGACCAAAUAACCCUAGAGGACGGCUUGCAAUCAUCCAGCGAAAUCAAGCAGAACGUCAAAUUGGUUCGAAUUAACUAUUGGGUGGAGAAAGCUGAGACAGGUAUUCAUUUCGAGGACAAUGUACUACAUACUGAUAAUCAGAUAAGGCGUGCACGGUGCUGGUUUCCUUGCAUAGACGAUGAAUAUCAGUGUUGCUGUUAUGAUUUGGAGUUCACAGUUGCCCAGAAUCUUGUGGCUGUUAGUGCUGGAAACUUACUGUACCAGGUUCUUAGCAAGGAUGACCCUCCUCGCAAAACAUAUGUCUACAGGUUAAAUUUUCCUGUUGCUGCACGAUGGAUAUCUUUGGCAGUUGCACCAUUUGAAAUCCUUCCCGACCGCUAUAAUGCUAUCAUAUCACAUAUGUGUUUGCCUACUAAUUUGCCGAAGCUUUGUAAUACUGUGGAAUUUUUCCAUGAAGCAUUCAGUUAUUACGAGGACUAUCUUAAUGCAAAGUUCCCUUUUGGGUCAUAUAAGCAAGUAUUUUUACCCCCUGAGAUGGCUGUAUCCUCGUCGACAUUGGGAGCUUCUAUAAGCAUUUUCAGUUCUCAAGUUUUAUUUGAUGAGAGAGUUAUUGAUCAGAUCAUAGACACCCGCAUUAAACUUGCUUUUGCUCUUGCAAGACAAUGGUUUGGAGUCUAUGUCACUCCUGAGUCACCAAAUGAUGAGUGGCUGCUCGAUGGUCUUGCUGGUUUUUUGACAGAUAUGUUUAUCAAGAAAUUUUUAGGAAACAAUGAGGCACGCUACCGCAGAUACAAGGCAAAUUGUGCUGUGUGUAAAGCAGAUGAGAGUGCUGCAACUACUUUGAGCUCCUCUACUUCUUGUAAGGAUUUGUAUGGGACCAAUUGUAUUGGUAUAUAUGGAAAAAUACGAUCAUGGAAGGCUGUUGCUGUCAUCCAGAUGUUGGAAAAGCAAAUGGGGCCUGAGUCCUUCUGUAAAGUAAGAGUUCUAGCUUGUUGA